AGUUGGAAAUGACACUACAUAGGUUCUAAGAUACAUUGACGUAAUUUGUUGUGAUACGUACCGUAGUUGGUUCGUCUUUGCUGCGAGGUUAAUUUCGUGUGGCAAAUGUAUUCCUGUAAAUAAAUCAUCAGUUUGACCAAAACUGAAGUGCGAAGGACAGUGUUAUACUGUGGAUUUAUAAUAUGGACGUGGGGCGUGGUGCUACUGAUUUACGUUUAAACUCUUUGUAUUUCAUUGAUAGGAAAGAGGGAAAAGAAGACUAUGUUUAGAAUGUCAGGGGUAUACACAAAACUUUAUUUAUUUAUUGUUUUUUAGUAGCUUCUUGCCGAUCGUGCACCAACAUUUAACGAAUCCUUCAGAGUGCUGCUGUCAGCCUGUGAUGAAGGAUCGUCAUAGGUAAGACGAAUCUGACAGGAUGGGGUCAUUUCUCGACAAACCGAAGACUGAAAAACACAAUGAACAUGGCUGUGGGAAUGGGCUGCGUUACGGUGUGGCGAGCAUGCAAGGUUGGCGUGUCGAAAUGGAGGAUGCCCACUGUGCCGUCACAGGUUUGGGUGAAGGACUGGAAGAUUGGUCAUUCUUUGCCGUAUUUGACGGACACGCAGGGGAGAGAGUGUCGGCACAUUGUGCAGAUCACCUACUUGAGUGUAUAGUGGGUGCAGAAGAGUUCAGAAGUGAUGAUGUAAUAGAAGCAAUACGUGCUGGUUUCCUUCGUCUGGAUGCCCGCAUGAGAGCCCUUCCUGAGUUAGCUAGUGGUGAAGACAAAUCUGGUUCAACAGCUGUUUGUGCACUUAUAUCCCCACACACGGUGUACGUAGCGAACUGCGGUGAUUCGAGGGCUGUACUGUGCCGGAGCGGUCGCCCGACAUUCUCUACCAGAGACCACAAACCAGUUCUGCCCGCAGAAAAAGAACGUAUUUUGCGUGCAGGCGGAAGCGUAAUGAUCCAACGUGUCAAUGGCUCACUGGCUGUUUCACGUGCUUUGGGUGACUACGAGUACAAAAAUGUGGAGGGCAGAGGCCCUUGUGAGCAGUUAGUCUCUCCAGAACCAGAAGUAUCAGCUGUGGUUAGAAAUGAAGAAAAGGAUGAGUUCUUGGUCUUGGCUUGUGAUGGUGUUUGGGAUGUAAUGUCUAAUGAAGAUCUCUGUGCCUUUGUGCGCUCUCGUCUUGCUCUCACAGAUGACCUCGAGAGUGUGGCCAACCAAGUGGUUGACACUUGCCUGUACAAGGGAAGUCGAGACAACAUGAGCAUUGUGUUAGUCACCUUCCCUGGUGUGCCACAGCCUUCAGCUGAAGCACUGCAGCGUGAACGAGAACUUGAAGAAUUAAUAGAAAGGAGAAUGACAGAUAUUAUAAACCAAGGCGACACAGUGGAAUUUCUCCAUGUUCUUCAGGCCCUUGCAGAUGAGAACAUACCAGGACUUCCUCCAGGAGGUGGCCUUAGUGCAAAGAGGAACUUCAUUGAAAGCGUCUACAAGAAACUGUGUCCUAACAAUGCUGACAGUAAUUCUCCUGAAUCCCAGCGAAGAGGGGUCAGCGAAACAUAAUGGUGACUUUCUUAAACUGUUACUGGUCUGUGUCAUUUUAAUUUCAUGAAUCUUCAAACCAUUAUUUUUUUUCCUUGCAAGAAAAUAUGAGAAUUUAAUGUAAAUGUAAUGGCUGUAACAGAGGAAUAUUUUUUGAAAACAUCUGAAGUUUAUCUUAUGUGAAAACAGAGAAGAAUCUUCCAUUUAAGAUUUAUCUUGCAGUAUUGAGAAAUAUUUUGUUUCAUGUUAAUUUCCUGGAUUGUCAUCUGACUUAUGUACCAUUGAGUACUGUGCAAAAGGCAAAAAGAUAGACAUAAGGAAAUGUACAUCUGCAAAUAUCAGUUGUUUGUGUAGUGGUUUUCCUUUUAAUCUCUGGUGUAUUAGGACGUAUUAGAACAAAUGAUGAAAACUUUUCUGUACAAAGCAUAUUGUUUUGGUUAACUGAUGUGGAAUACUGCAGUUUGUAAUGUCAUAUGUCUUAGUAAGCACAACACACUUUUUGUGCAUUGUCUUCAUAGGUCUGUUAAUGUACAUAAAAAGUAUAUGUUGAAGACAGUAAAGCUGUAUAUAAAAUGUUGUAAUAGAUAUUUUCCCAGUAAAGGUACUUUUUUAGGCUGAACUAAAACUAAACUUCCACCCUGCCCUGCAAGUGCUGUAGAUUUAGGAACAUACAUUAAGUUUAUAAUUAUUGUGUGAAUGAUUUAUUUAUGAAAACUGAAGUUUCCAUGUAAUGUAUGUCAAUAAUUAGUCCUUUCCUCGUCUUUUAUUGCUUACACAAUGAGAUUUUGAAGAAGUUGUUGUUGUUCUUGUUUAUUAUUGUGAUUAUUAAUAUUCUUGCUACUGCUAUUAUUAUUCCUUUACUUUACUCUGUUUGUACAUUGUGUUAUCAUGUUGAAAGAUAUGUACAUAUUUUUGUGUGAAAAUUAGAAUGGUAAUACUGACUUGUCACGUUUGUUAUUUUCGUAGUCAAUUUUCAUACAUAAAACCUACAAAUAGGUAUAAGUAUUAAGUUUAGUGGUUACCUCAGUCGCUUAUGCAAUCAAUGUGUCAAGUACUGCUGAUUUUGUCAUGCAAGCUAAAAGUUUCUAACAUCUACAUCAUUAGUUCAAACAUUUAAAAUUGUUGCAGAUUUAAAGGUUAUUUAUUUUUUUUUUAAAGCAAUAGUUUAAUUUCAUCAUAACUGUAUUCUUAAUGAGACUGACAGGCCUAUAAUAUUUGAAGAGAUAUCGAUAACAUUUAUUAUCAUUUAGGAAGGAGAUAAUUGGAAGUUGACCACAUAUAAUUGGCUACAUGUUGAUAAUGAGAUUAUAUUAUACAAAAUUAUAGCAUUAACAGUUGAAGGUGGGUGAGAAAGAUUACCUCCUUAUCUUCGAAGAGCAUUCUUCGAUAUCGUGAUCACUUUUCUAUAUUCUAUGUAAUUUGUUUAUCGUUUGAGCAUUUUCUGAAAUCAGUGUAUAAUCUGCUGAAGGUGGGCCUCAGUUACAUAUGAACAGUAAAUAUAAUAAAUAAUAUUUGGUUAAUGGAUUUCUUUGAACUCAAGUACUUUAAUAAAAUUAUAAAAUUUUUCUUUCUUAUGAAGCAAA